AUGACGGCAAGAUCGCACCACGUAGCCAUCUUAGGAUGCGGCGUCAUUGGUCUCUCUACAGGGCUUGCCAUUCUCGAGGCGCAGCCUGAUGGACCGAACCGAUCCAAGACUCGCGUGACAAUCGUGGCGAAGGAAUUGCCCGGUAGCGCCACACCGGCAGAUCAGAAACACUCGGCGGAAUACGCUAGUGUGUGGGCGGGAGGACACCACGUGAGCGACGCCAAGACGGAACGCGAACUCAGGCAUGACAAGGUCACGUUCGACAGAAUGAGCAUGCUCGCCCAGGACAAGCCGUGGCGCACGCAAAAGGUCGAUAGCAGCAGUGCCUUCGGUGAGCCGCUCUUGCCAAUCACUAAGCCCGCUGCGUCGAGCCCAGCAAGUGCGAUUCAAGGACGUGAGCCGCUCGUCUGGGUGCAUCAGACGGAGCUCUUUGAGAGGCGCGACCCGUCGCAGUCUACGAGACCGCCGUAUCAGGGCGUACUUGACUGGUAUCCUGAUGUGAGUUCCCAUCAUUUCGAAAUGGCUAUGGAGGCCAUCCAUAAGGAAAGGGCUGACAAUCCGCUCUCCUUGCAGUUCAAGGAGCUUCCUCCAGCAAGUCUGGCCCCGAGGUUCGGCUGGGGCUGCACAUUUUCAACCAUCGACAUCAACGUGCCCGUAUAUCUCGACUGGCUUCUCGAGCGCUUCCUGCAGCUCGGAGGUCGUGUCGUUGUCUCCAAAGCCAACUCACUGCAGCACGCCGUCCGUAUCGCGGCCUCCUCCACCGGGUCGCGUGCUGUCUGCCGUGACACGAGCACUUGGACGUCCGUACCUCCAGUCGACGCGCUCGUUGUCAGUCCUGGUCUCGGAGCACGCAGCAUCGUUGGCAUCGAAGAUCUUGCUGUACACCCACAGCGUGGUCAAGUCGUCGUUGUCAACGCUCCCUGGCUCUCGGUUGACGAGGGCAAUCGGUGGCAGAAUCUAUGCCACGAGCUGCCAGGCGUCUCGGUGGUGAGACCGCAGGGCGGGCGCGAGGUGUACGUCAUCCCGCGCGGUGACGGUACAGUCGUCUGCGGCGGCACGCGCAUUGUCGAUGAGUGGGACCCCACUCCGCGGGCAGAGACAACGAAAACCAUCCUAGAGAGAUGCCUCAAGAUCAUGCCACAGCUCGUGGACCCCCGCAAACGCAACGCGCUAAUCGAGCCCAGGGUCGAAGACAUCGAGGUGCUCGGCGUGAAUGUCGGACUCAGGCCAGCAAGACGUGGAGGUGUGCGUCUCGAGAAGGCGCAGAAGGAUGUCGAUGGUGCCAAGGUCAUCUUCAACUACGGGUACGGCGGUGCAGGAUAUCAAGCAUCCUGGGGUGCUGCGCUCGAAGCCAAGAAGGACAAGCUUGGUAUCGCACCGACCACCACAGCUACGAUGACGACCCGACCGGAUCCAGUGACGCCCUUUGCGCUCAACACGCCGCUCUUCAACGUGCUUGCUGGCAAGCGCGUCGUGCUCGCCAGCUCCAGCCCGCGCCGCAAGCAGAUCCUCGCUUCAGUCGGCUUGGAGCCAGAGAUUGUGCCGAGCACAUUCGAAGAAGACCUGCCAAAGUCGGAGUUCACCGGAGACGCCGUUUACGAGUACCCCGUCCAGACAGGAUCCAAGAAGGCUCUCGAAGUGUACAAACGUCUAGUUGAAGAGAACCCCGAGGACCCACCAGACUUUGUGAUUUCGGCAGACACGGUGGUGGUCAAGGAUGAGGUGAUCAUGGAGAAGCCUGCGGACGCGCAGGACAACCUGCGCAUGCUUGCCGACCUCAACGGCAACAAGUGCGAAGUGGUCACUGGCGUUACAGUGAUCUGGCCCGUAAUCGAAGCACCCGGCUUCCAGAUGAGGUCGUUGUGCGAGCGCACAGUAGUGCGAUUUGCGGAUAACCCAUACUACCUGCUCAAGGCGUACGUCGACUCAAAUGAGGGCAUCGACCGUGCAGGCGGCUUCGCCAUUCAGGGCCGCGGCUCGCUGCUGGUGAGGUGCAUCGAAGGCGACUACAACAACGUGGUCGGCUUCCCCCUGUAUGCCUUCAGCGCGUUCCUGCACGACUUGAUCGAGAACGACGAGCUCGACAUGGUGCAAGACGACUAG